UUGCCAGAGAAUCCCGUAGUCUGUCAGUGAAAACCGUUACGCGAGCGAGGUUCGUCGGUUUCGUUAGUGGAAUUCCGAAACUUGUGGUGUUUUUGUCGUGCCAGAAGGUCCGGGACCGACCAAAAACGAUCAUCCGUGACCUAGCCUCGUAUCUUGCGCAGCGCGUUCGAGAAGAUCUCAUAUAAAGGGACCGUAAUUGCCUUAAUGAAUUGCUAGGAUCACAGACACGCGAGUAUAUAGACACAACGAAGAGAAGGAAGGAAGAAGCGAAGAGGAAGAAGAAGUUGGAAGCAUGACGACUGUGAGGCAAAUUCUCCGCUGCACCCGAAGGCUCAGCCAAAUACAAGAGAGUGGGGUGAAACUUUUAAACCGGUCUGCUAGAUGCGCGUCCACCCAGGCACGACAAAAAAUCAUCAAGGAUGAAAACGGAAAAAAAAUUAUCUCGUCGCCGUAUGGCGAAUUCACGCCUUCCGAGAUGAGCACUCAAGAGUUCGUAUGGCAAAACGUCGACAAAUUCGCCAAUAAGACUGCUCUGGUGUGCUCGAUAACCGGACGGACGUAUACGUACAGCGAAUCGAGGGAUGCAGCUAAUUAUGUGGCGAGAAGUUUGUCGAACAUGGGCCUGAAGAAAGGCGACGUGAUUGCCCUGGUGGCACCCAAUUAUCCAGAAUCGAUUCUAUCGUUUCUUGGCUCAUUGGAGGCUGAUCUCGUUGUGACCACUGUGAAUCCAUUUUAUACAAUUGAUGAAAUUAGGAGACAAUUGAAAGAUUCUGGGUCGAAAGCGGUCAUUACCGUGGCAGAAAUUGCACGAUCCACGUUCGAAGCAGCCAAGGGUGCUGUUCCACCUGGAUCGCCCAUCAUAGUUAUCGAUGAUGGUACUGGACCAAUUCCGGAAGGUACUAUACCAUUUAAGGAUUUGAUCGAGCGUGGCAAAACUCUGCCUCCUUUGAAGCAAUCUCAAGUAUCCAUUAACGAUGUGACGAUCUUGCCGUAUUCCAGUGGAACAACCGGUUUACCAAAGGGUGUUAUGUUAACGCACAGAAAUCUUGUAUCCAACAUGGAAAUGGUGGAGCAUACGUCAAAAGGAGUAUUGUGGGAUUCGGCGACAGACGACUUCCAAGAGGUGUUGCCUAUGGUAUUACCGUUCUUCCAUAUAUUCGGAAUGAACGUUGCUGUUUUGCCCCGUCUCGCAGAGGGCACGAAAAUAAUCACUAUCCCUAAAUUCACACCCGAACUAUUUACUACCACUUUAGCCAAACACCGGACGACAGGUCUGUUCGUUGUGCCACCGAUACUUUUAUUUUUAAACGCAUCUCCGUUUAUUAAGAGGGAAUAUUUGGAGAGCAUUCAUCACAUAAUCAGUGGAGCAGCACCCUUAUCGGAUCCAGAUGUCGAAAGAUUCUACGAGAAAUUCCAAAUAGAUUCUAGUAAAUUGAAAUUCUGUCAAGGAUACGGGAUGACGGAGACCGCGCCGGUCAUAUGCAUGGAAACAACCGGACUGAAGGCAGGCAGCGUCGGAAAGAAUGUAGCCGUGUGCGAUUUGCGAUUAGUCGAUCCGAUUACCAACGUAGAUAUAUCUAGUCCCGAACAAACCGGUGAAAUCUGGGUGAGGGGUCCUCACGUUAUGAAAGGGUACUUAAAUAACGAAAACGCCACCAGGGAGAUAAUUGUCGAGAACGGCUGGCUGAGAACCGGGGAUAUAGCUUACUAUGACAAGGAUUUCGAUUUCUUUGUCACGGACAGAUUGAAAGAGUUGAUCAAAGUUAAAGGGUUCCAGGUAGCACCGGCGGAACUGGAGGCGUUGUUAAGAAUGCAUCCGCAAGUACAGGAAGCGGCUGUGGUUGGUAUUCCGGACGAAAGGUGCGGUGAAGUGCCAAAAGCUUUCAUAUUGCCUGCGAAGAACGCGAAACUGACCGCCGAGGAUAUCCAGAAUUUCGUGAAGGGAAAAGUUUCCGAGCACAAGCAGCUUCGAGGAGGAGUCACAUUCGUGGAUAACAUACCGAUCAGCGCGAGCGGAAAGAUCCUGCGAACGCAUUUGAAGAAUAAGUUUACAUAAUAAACGUAUCUUAAUGCGCGUUUCCUUUAGAACAGAUCAAUUUCAAGAGUCAGACCUUGAUUAACAGUUCACGCGUUAACAAUCGCAACAAGAGUAGCGACAACAUCGAUAACAUGGUUAUAAGUGCCAUUCGUUGAAAAGUCGAUCGGUCGUGAAUCGUGUGACUGUUAUUCGAGACACGGAAGAGGAAGCGUUAAUUACGCUAAUUGGCAAACAAUCACGCGUGCAAUCGAUAUUUUUAUAUGGAUAUUUUACACGAUGUUGCAUUACGUCGAUGAUAUACUUUUCUCGUCGCAUCGAACAGAGACCUUUAUCGUUUCCGAACGAUGACCUAGAAUUUAAUGCGACGAACGUAAACAUCGAAAAAGCAAAAAAUAUGAAAAAAACAACGGGUUAGGAUUUGAUGGAUAUCUUUUUAUUACUAUUUGAUAUAUUUUUUAACGUUUAUCCAUGGUGCUAUUUUUGACAAUGCAAUUAAUUCUUAAGACACGUAUUUUACGUAAUGAUAUAACGAUACGUAAUUUUUAUAGGCCAUUUGUACCAUAAAGUAAGACAGUGUUUUAAGCAAUAAAAUCUUUUACAACAGCGUUAA